UGUCGUUCUACUAGUCGAAGAAGAUUUUUUUUCCGGCCAAAUCAUAUAUUCAUAUAAUUUAAUUAUAAUGCAUAGUGGUGAAACCUCCCCAGUGGUCCAAACGACCCACGGCAAAGUGCAAGGAACACUUCUUAAGGGGAUCUAUGACGAUGAGUUCUAUGCUUUUGAUGGCAUUCCAUAUGCUGUUCCACCGCUUGGAACUCUCCGCUUUAAGGAGCCUCACGAUCUUAAGCCAUGGAGUGGUAUUAAAGAUUGCUCCCAGCCGUUAAACAAGUGCCUACAAGUUAGCUCCUUAACCGAUUUGGUGGAGGGCUCCGAGGAUUGCCUGUAUCUGAAUAUAUCAGUGAAGAAGCUGAUCGGCGAUCCUAUGCCCAUAAUGGUUUACAUCCAUGGAGGUGCCUUUAAGGGCGGGGAUUCUUCGAGACGGGCAUGGAGUCCGGACUAUUUUAUGAAGGAAAACGUUGUCUAUAUAAGCAUUGGUCAUCGGCUGGGACCAUUAGGCUUUCUUAGUUUUAAGGACCCUAGUCUCGAAAUUCCUGGUAAUGCUGGUCUGAAGGACAUAAUACUGGGACUUAAGUGGAUCAAGGCAAAUGCUGCCAACUUCAAUGGUGACCCGGAUAGAAUAACUAUCUUCGGCCACAGCUCCGGGAGUUCUUUGGUUCAACUUCUUUUAGCCAGUCCACAAACGGAAGGUCUUUUCCACAAGGCCAUCCUUAUGGCGGGCUUUUCCAUGGAGUUGGAUCGGCUGCCCAAUAUGGAAUAUCGACUGGCCAAGCAUUUGGGAUACGAAGGAGAGAACAUCGAUAGCCAGGUUUUAGAGUACCUUUUGAAGGCAGAUCCGCAUCUUCUUGUCUCCUCGAAUUUUUUUACUCCAUUGGAGAAGAAUCAUGGGAUUUCUAUGGCCUUCAGACCUUGUAAAGAGGGCUAUUCCACUCCGAAUGCUGUUCUCCUGGCAGAACCCAUUGAACUACACCGAAACACGUGGAGCAAUCGCAUUCCUAUUAUUUUGGGAGCCAAUACUAAUGAAGGAUUAAUGAACGUAGUCGAUCUUAAGACUGAUCCCAAAGUCUUGCUUACGCUACAGGAAUAUCCCGAGCGCGUGAUUCCCUCUCAUCUUAAGAACAUCUGUGAUCCCAUCCAAAAACGAGAGAUGGGUGUUAAAAUGCUGGAAUAUUUCUGUCAGGCGCAUGGUGAUCAACUGAACUUGGAUCAUUUCGAUGCCAUAACUGAUAUGUUUACCCAUAACUUUUUCCACAAUCUAUAUCGAUUAAUCCAAUCCAGAUUGGCUUACGGCCAGGCCCCGACAUAUUUUUACCGUUUUGAUUUCGAUUCGCCGGAUUUCAACUUUUACCGGAUUCGUUACCAUGGAACGGAACAGCGCGGUGUUGGACAUGUUGAUGAGCUAGGCUAUAUCUUUGUACUCCCGGCCACUUUCAGAUUGGACAAAUCUCGUCCAGAGUUCAUAACGAUUUUACGAAUGGUAUCAAUGUUGGUGCACUUUGCAGCCACAUCGGAUCCUAACUCACCACUCACAAAACCUCUUGUGGAUUGGAAACCUGUUACCUCUGAAUCAUUAAUGGCCCUUAACAUUAACGAGGAAUUGAAGUUUAUUCCACAUGAUAUGCCUAAGCUAAUGCUCCACGAUCAGUUUUUGAAACAGUCCGGAGUGCCACUCUUUUAGAUUUCUCUGAAAUACUUUCAAAAUUAAUUUAGGCAUAACAACGUUUUUAACUAACUGACAAUGAUUGAAUUUUCAGGAAUAAAAUCUCAAUAUUUUCAAAACAAACAUCCACUGUUGUAUGCUAACUUAAUUCCCUACAAAUAAGGGAUCCUAUAUCCUAA